AUGGCUGAAGGUAUCUUGAGAGAAGAAGGGCUUCCUGCUACAACACCGAGAUACCAAUAUCAAGGUGUAGAGCAAUGUCUGAGAUGCUUUGAACUUGAAUUGGACCACUAUAACAGGAAAGGCCAACCUGGUGACUACUCAUAUAUCAUAUUUGAUAACGUGGAUGAGCGUUCCUUCCAGAGGUGUUUCGAGGAUGAGUCACCAGAAAGACACCUUAUGCAUUCGUUGGUCACCUACAUCCUCGCUUCACAUACAGCCAUUCUUAAAAUGCCUACUGCUAUGCAUUCGGUCGCCCAUGGUGCCUUCGGUGACAUUUUUGCAACUUGGCAUCGUGGCCAGCAAAGUCGUCUUUUGGCCAUGAGGAAUACCACUGUCGAGGGGCCUACGAGAAAGAAAUGCCCAGAUUCAUCCUGGAAGACCCCAGUUCAUGUAUUUGGAAGAGACGCGAAGUGGCCGACGAUCCUUGUUGAAGCAGGAUGGUCCGACUCAAGCCGCAAGCUACAACAAGAUGUUUUGCUCUGGCUCCGUGAAUCAGAGCAACAGGUCAAGGUCGUCCUUACAAUAAAAGUUACUCCAGAGGGAAAGAUCACAGUCGAGCGUUGGAAGUUAAACGAACGCGCUGGCGAGAUGUAUGUCGAGCCUAACCAAGCCAUGCGCAUCACUCGAAACUCAGACGCCUCUUCAAACCAACACUAUAUCUCAGGCUCAAUGCAUAUCCAAUUCGAAGAUUGUUUCCUUCGCCCAAAGAGGGGCAGUGAGACAGAUUUCGUUCUGUCAGACGCUGAUAUGAAGGAAAUUGCCGAAGCUGUCUGGCAUGAGCUUCCCGAGUGA